CGACGGCAAGCUCUUUUCUCUUUACCGGCAACGUGCCUUACCCGUAAUACGUUUACAACUGCGCAUUACGGCAACCAGCAUUAAAUCCAAUAUUAAUCUUAUCGGUAUAAGACACGAGAAGGCUCCUUCAAUUCCAUACCAACGAAACUUCCCCACGAGUUAGGAUCAACGAGUAGUACUCUGGCCGUCGAAAUCGCAAACCAUGGCCGCCAUACAGCAACUACGAAUAGCCUCAGUAUUCUCUUCCCUCUUCCCGAGAUUAGCGUCGACAAAUUUCAAUACCUCUUUCCGAUCGACCGUCCUUUACACACAACAUGUGCAAGACUCGCGGUUGCCAUCGAUAGCUUCGCUUGCCAUCGCUAUCCCCACUGCCAUUUCGAGUAUACCAUCAACAUUAGGUGAUAUAUGGGAAGGAAUACUACGAGCAGUGCCUAAAAAGAAGACAUCACACAUGAAGAAGAGACAUAGACAAAUGGCAGGCAAAGCUCUGAAGGAUGUCACAGCAUUAAAUAAAUGCCCGGCGUGUGGAGGAAUUAAGAAGAUGCAUACCUUAUGCUCAAGUUGUAUGGGUCGGCUUGGAGGUAUGCUUGAACGUGAUUUCAAAGGAAAGGCAUGAGGAAUGACGGAUUGGUACAAAGGAGGGGACUUUCGAAGCGGAGUCUCACAGUUGUACAGUUCAUCAAAGCAAGUGGAAUUUGUGCAUACCACUGGCGUUUCGGCAUAGGAAUCAGGGGUCUUACAGUGCAUAGAUAUUGAUUAUGAAAUACAUGUACAUUGGAAGUUGCAAGAGGUUGGUGAGGCUUUCCAUACUCAAUCUUCUCAUGGCGUGAUGAUUCCACUCAAUCAAACGUUAUAUUUAAGGUUGUACAUGGCAAGAGUAUAUGAAAUUAAAUAAUAAAAGAUUCUAAAUACAUUAAAUGAUAAAUUCUAAAGUCUAAUAUCCAAGCGAG